UGUUGCAGACAGGAAGCUUCUUGGUUUGCUUCAUUGCUUCCCAACAUCGCAAGAACCAAAGGGUGCCAUGGUGAUCAGCUUCAGUUACUUGGCAAUUACAAGACAGACAUGGAUCUUGGCUUUGUUGCUCAUCCGGGUCAUGGUGACUCGGGUCUAUGGCCAGUCUACAUCUGUGGCCGUAAGCAUCGAUUGUGGAAACAGUAGCACUGGCUACUACGGCUACAGCGACGCCACAACAGGAAUAGUGUACUCUUCUGACAGUGGAUUUGUCGAGGGUGGUUUGAGCCACAAUAUUUUGGAGGAGUUCAUGGCUGGUGCGGCGAAUGAGCAACAGAAAACCCUGAGAAGCUUCCCUGAAAGUUCACGAAAUUGCUACACACUGCGAUCCACCACUGGUAUGAAGUUUCUGUUGAGGGCUAUGUUUACUUAUGGCAACUACGAUGGGUUGAACAAGAGUAUGGAUGGGACCCUUUUUCUGUUUGGACUCCAUAUCGGUGUCAAUUUCUGGGAGGCGGUGAACUUAACAGGUUUGGAUCCAUCAAGAAUGGUAUGGAAAGAGAUGAUCACUGUUGCUCAGG